AUGUGCGCUUUGGGUCUCAACGCAAGCAGCAAGAAGUUUUUCCCACAACGCGCCAUGACUGCGGAGCGUCAACGUCUUAUCGAAGAAUUUCCGAAGACAUCCUGCAUCGAGGAACGGGACAGCAUACGUGCCAUGUGGCUGUACGAGAUGAUGGAGCUAUCCGACGCCGAGGAAGAUGUGAAUAAUCAUUGGAGACCUCUUCUCCGGGCGAAGGGAUUGAAUCUGCCUAUUCUACUCAAAAUGACUCGUCGGUUCUGUCAGUCACACCCUGAAGCGACAGAUUCAUCAGCUGCAAUGACUACCGACGCAGUGAUGCGAUACGCCCCAGCAACCUCAGCCUGGUUGACUUGA